AUAGCGCAUAAUGAAAGUACAUCCAAUUUCAAAGACCUCAGUAAUCUUGAGUUUGGUGAAUCAAUACAUGGUCUUGAGUCUGAUGAGCCGAUAUAUGAUCUUGAAUUUAAUGGACCAAUUUGGGAAGAAGCAUCUGACAUGUUAAAACUAUAUUCUCAAUAUGAAGGGUUUAAGCUAAGGAAAGGACGUGUUGAAAAGACUUCUAAUAGAACUAUACGAAAAAGAACAAUGUUGUGUGAACACA